AUGCCUCAAAUUCCAAACACUCCAGAAUCUUUGCUUCCUCGCUCAGAUUCUCGAAAUCCAGCGACAACAUGUAGAGGCAUAACUGCCCAAGGCCGGCCUUGCCGCCGCUCUUUAGCAUCUCCAAAUCCAUCGCCUGCUUCUACCCCUCGAAAAAAGGAUCCUCGCCAAGAAGCUUUGGAUGUGGCAUCUUUGUACUGCUGGCAGCACAAAGAUCAAGAUUCUUCGGCGACUCCACAUCCUAUCAUCACCCCAGCCAAGACGAGGACAAGCAUCGAUACAUUAAUGGAUCGACUGGGUGUGCUCGAAAUAAACGAUGACCCAGCCUCCCAAAGGCCAAAGCCGCCCCAGAAACGACGGACAAAUCAAAGUAGGCCGAGUGAAAAGCCUCGACCGAAGAAAACGACGACCUGCUGCUGUUUCAUAAUCGCAGAGGACAGCGGCGAGGAUGACAGGCCUAACACAGUUCAAAGGCCCAAACCCCCUCGCCCGACAAAUGGCGCUUCGCCUUCUCCAAAUCCAAGCCAAAAGAUCAAAGUACCUACCUCAGCCGGAAAGCCGCAGUACGCGGGAGUAUCACCCACUCAAGCAUCCCGGCCAUCUUUGUCAGCCCCGGGAAAGCCUUCUUCCUCGCAAACACAAGCCUUAUUAUCAUGGAUCCCGUCUACGCUUUCCCCACAGACCACAUCCGCUCUCCUCACAGAACUGGCCAAACCCAUCUCCAGCGCCGACGACGAGGGCUAUAUCUAUAUGUUCUGGGUAACGCCCCCAUCAACCACCACACAACGGAGCGCUAGCGCUGAACCCGCAAUAACGAGAGAUAUAGCAUCUUCUCUACUACCCCAAGCCCCACAAAGUAGCAACCAUCUCCGUCCACCCACGCAGCCACGCAGCAUCAGCGACGCAAUUCGAGCAGCACAAGAUCUCAACGCCCUCACCUCAAACCCAACAGCAAAAAAGCCCGGAACGCUUAGGCUGAAGAUCGGACGCACGAGCAAUGUGCAUCGUCGUCUCGCUGAAUGGAGUAAACAGUGCUCGUACGAUUUGACCUUGAUCCGUUAUUACCCUUACACACCAUCGUCCUCGUCAUCCUCUCCUGCCAGGGCGCCACCAUCCCACCGCCGGAACAGAACCCCUUCUGCCUCUCUAGUACCAGGAAGGAAAGUUCCGCACGUGCAUCGCGUGGAACGACUGAUUCACCUCGAGCUGGCGGCUCUGCGCGUGCGAGACUUAGGGCAGUGUCCUGAGUGUGGGAAGGAGCAUCGGGAAUGGUUUGAGGUUGAGGCGGCGAAGGAGUCGCUCAGGAAGGUGGACGAGUGUAUUCGACGAUGGGUCUCCUGGGGCGAGUCAAUGACUUGA